AAUCCUUUGAGAUGAAAAGCAGCACUUUUGGGGAUCAUCUUUUGCUUGUGUGUGGCUCCUUCCUGAUAUUGCGCCUCAACAGCCUGUUGUCUGUGUCAGAGAAACGCACAACUUUAACUGAAAGCGGAGCUGGAGCGGGAGCGAGGGCUGCAGCUGGUCUUUGUGGUACUCUAGGGCCAAACGCAGGGGGCCAGCAGUGGCACCGACGGAGCUGCCCCGCUGGUGGGCUGUUGAGUGGUUGGACUGGGGAUGCGGUGCAGCCGUGGAGCGGGGAUGACGAGGUCGAACGGGAUUAUGAUGGUGAUGGAUGUCUCGACAGCACGUCCAGGCGCCGGGGUCUCGCCGCCUCUGUGCUUCCUACUGUGCGCUCUCCUUUUCCACCCUCCGUGCGCUCUCUCGCACCCGCAGCCAUGCCAGGUGCUUAAGCGGAUCGGCCACACGGUUCGGGUGGGAGCUCUGCACGUCCAUCCCCGCUUGGUGGCCGCAGCUCCUGGCAGCGGCUAUGAAGGCGCCGAGGGACCUUUCGCAAGAGAUCAGCCGCUGGAGUUUGGGAAAGCAGUCAAAACAGGUGCCGGUGCGCCUGGGUAUGGAAACCUCAGGACUAGAGCCGCAGCAAACAGUCAGCGGGGAACAAGUAGGAUUAAAAGCCAGGCGAGACAGCGAGAAGGGAAUCCCUCAAAGGAGGAUGGCGUGUUCUCACCUCGGGAGUUGGUCCUGCUGGCGGCUGAGGCUCUGAACCGGGCCGGGUUGCUACCUUACAAUUUAUCCCUAGAGAUAGUUAUGGCAGUAGGUUCGGCGCUGGGCGAGCUGCCAGCCUUCUCAUACUCCUCCACGGACAUUCCCGAAGACGAAGACCCGCUGUCUUUCCUGGAGAGCGUGUGUCACACGGUGGUCGUGCAGGGGGUCUCCGCUAUGCUCGCCUUUCCUAGGAACCGGGAUGAGCUUGUAAAGUUGGAAUUCAUUUCGCUGGCGCUGCAGGUGCCAGUUGUCAGCGUCGUGCAGAAGGAGUUUCCGCGUAAAAGUGAGAAUGGUCUUCAUUUUCAAAUGGCAAUGCAGUCUGUAGCGGCCCCCCCGCACCAGCUCCUCUACUAUCUGCUGAUGAUGAAUGGUUGGUGGGACAUCAGCAUUGUCCUAUGCCAGGAAUGGAACAUCAGUGACUUUCUCCUCCUCAUUAAAAACAACACCCGGUUCCGCUUGGGAGCUCUGGUCAACCUAAAUAAAACAACACUGCCACCACUAUCAUCUUCACUAUCAUCCUCAGCAGAAACAACAAGUGCCCCUGUGGGAGUGGAGGUGCUAUCCUUAUCCUAUUUUUCACCAACGGCCUCAUCAUUUUCUUCAAAUUCUUCUUCCAAACCAGACCAGCAGCAAGGCCUCAUUCGGCAGCUGGAAGCUUUGAGGGAACAUUCAUCCACACGAGGAGUGGUAACGUUUGGGUGUGACAUUCGGGAGGUGCGCAGAUUAUGGACACUUGCAACUCGAAUGACUCUCCCGGAAUUUCACUGGGUUUUGGGGGACAGCCAAAAUGUGGCUGAGCUGAGAACAGACGGGUUACCACUGGGGCUACUUGCACAUGGAAUGAUGGGAUCCCCUUCACUGGAUCAUUAUGUUCAGGACUCACUAGAGUUUGUAGCACGGGCAGUGGGCAGUGCCGCCCAGGAGAAUCCUGCCCUGGCACUCAUUCCUGGAACUACAAACUGUAUGGAUGUACAACAAAAUAAUGGCAGCUCAGGGGAAUUCUUGGCAAGAUUCCUUGCCAACACAUCAUUUGAGGGCCAGAGUGGUUUUAUAUCCAAAGAAAGCCAUAGUCAGAAUAUCAUCUCAGAGGCCCAUCACUACAUCUGGUCUCUCCAGCUGGACCCUCUUGGCCAGCCAACAUGGACUCGUCUCGGACGUUGGCGUCGAGGGAGAGUUCUGAUGGACCAACGCGCCUGGCCAAGUCACCAAGGGUCUGGUGGUGGGGGAGAUUGGCGUCGUUCUGCUCGAUUGCACAUGCGAGUGGUGACUUUAGUGGAGCACCCUUUCGUUUUUACCCGUGAGGUUGAUGGUGAUGGACUGUGUCCAGCAGGCCAGCUGUGUUUGGACCCACUUACCAAUGAAUCAUCUGUUUUGCAAGGGCUCUUUCAGAAACUUUCAGGGCACAAUGGAUCUGUUCCUACAGAACUGAAGAAAUGUUGCUAUGGAUACUGCAUUGACCUGCUAGAAAAGCUGGCAGAGGAUAUUGGCUUCACAUUUGACCUGUAUAUUGUUGGCGAUGGGAAAUAUGGAGGAUACAAGAAUGGUCGUUGGACAGGAUUGGUGGGCGAUUUACUAAGUGGUGCUGCCCACCUGGCAGUGACAUCAUUCAGCAUUAAUUCAGCCAGAAGUCAAGUCAUUGACUUUACAUCACCCUUUUUCUCCACCAGCCUGGGGAUUCUGGUUCGUACCCGUGACACAGCAGCCCCCAUCGGUGCCUUCAUGUGGCCCCUCCAUUGGUCCAUGUGGCUAGGCAUCUUUGUUUCACUCCACGUCACUGCUGUCUUCCUCACCCUGUACGAAUGGCACAGUCCCUUUGGGAUGACGCCUCGAGGACGCAAUCGCAACCGCGUCUUCUCUUUCUCCUCAGCCCUAAAUGUCUGCUAUGCUAUUCUCUUUGGAAGAACAGUAGCCAUCAAGCCCCCAAAGUGCUGGACUGGUCGUCUACUGAUGAACCUUUGGGCGAUCUUCUGUCUUUUCUGUCUGUCCACCUACACUGCUAACUUGGCGGCUGUCAUGGUCGGGGAGAAAACCUACGAGCAACUGUCAGGGAUACACGAUCCAAAGUUGCACCAUCCCUCUCAGGGAUUCCGCUUUGCUACAGUAAGAGAAAGCAGUGCAGAAGACUACGUCAAGAAGAGUUUCCCUGAGAUGCAUGAGUAUAUGAGAAGAUACAAUGUCCCAGCUACACCUGACGGCAUACAUAAUCUAAAGGCUGACCCUCAGAAACUGGAUGCAUUCAUCAUGGACAAAGCUCUGCUGGACUAUGAGGUUUCCAUAGAUGCCGACUGUAAAACCUUAACAGUGGGGAAACCAUUUGCCAUAGAAGGCUACGGCAUUGGCCUCCCUCAGAACUCUCCACUCACCUCCAACUUCUCAGAGCUUGUUAGUCAGUACAAAUCCGAUGGCUUCAUGGACAUGCUGCAUGACAAAUGGUACAAGGUUGUGCCCUGUGGGAAACGCAGCUUUGCUGUAACGGAGACACUGCAGAUGGGUAUAAAGCAUUUCUCGGGUCUCUUUGUGAUGCUGUGUGUGGGCGUGGCCUUAUCUCUUCUGACCACGAUAGCGGAACACAUUGUGUACAAGCUGGUGAUCCCGAGGGUCAAGGAGCCACGCUCCAAAUACUGGCUGCACACUAGUCAGAGAUUACACAGAGCCCUCAAUUCAGUUUUCGUUGAUGACCAAGUACCAGCUGUUCCAAAGCCUGAGAAAAGGUAA